AUGUCAGAUCAUACGGCAGCUGCUAUUGAGUUAAGUGUUAGUCCAAACGUACCACCUGCGCCAGCAGCUGGUAUGUAUUGGUCUCGCGCUUUAACUUAUGGUAGAUGCCCUUCAAGACCUCUUCGUGCUCAUUCUGCUAAUCUUAUUGGAGAAUAUUUAUAUGUUUUCGGUGGAUGUGAUAUGAAGACAUGUUUUAAUACUCUAUACAUUCUAGAUAUGGAUACUUUAACUUGGUCAAAACCUCGUACAUCAGGGCAAAUACCACCCCCAUGUAGAGCACAUUCAUGUACAACAGUAGAGAGAGAUAUAGGAAGGGGUAAAAAAUCAUAUAGUUUAUAUGUUUUCGGAGGAGGAGAUGGUCCGAAUUACUUUAAUGAUCUUUAUGUAUUAAAUGUGGAUACACUCACUUGGACGAAACCUAAAACUCAAGGGGAAGAGGAGGCACCUUCACCUAGACGUGCACAUACAACUUGUAUUUGGAAUCAAAAAAUCAUUGUUGUUGGUGGAGGUGAUGGUGCACGUGCGCUGGCGGAUGUGCAUAUGCUAGAUAUUUCCGAUCCUCAAUCACCUCGUUGGUCAAAACUAAACCCGAUAGGUACUCCCCCUAUUGCUAGAGGGUAUCAUACUUGUAAUUUAGUAAAGGAUAAACUCAUUAUCUAUGGUGGUAGUGAUGGACAUGAAUGUUUUAGUGAUGUACAUAUUUUAGACUUAGUUUCCAAUCGUUGGAGUCAAAUAGAUUUAGAUCGUGCUGUGCCUAGACUAGCUCAUUCAGCUACACAAGUAGGAUCAUACGUAUUUAUAAUUGGUGGGCAUGAUGGUAGUAGAUAUUCCAAUGAAGUAUUACUUUUGAAUUUAGUAACUAUGAGUUGGGAAACUAGAAAAAUUUAUGGAGGUGCACCUAGCCCUAGAGGAUAUCAUACAGCAGUAUUACAUGACUCAAGGCUCUAUAUUUUAGGAGGUUAUGAUGGUAGAAAUGUAUUUGAUGAUGUCUAUAUGUUAGAAUUAAGUGCUUGCGCUUAUUUGCCCCAAAUUACCAAUUUUGAGAUUGAUGUUUAA